CAUGAAAACGAAACGACAUGAAAAAACACGAACGUUAAUGGAAUUGCGAGACCGGCCGAAGGCGGAGUGCCUACGGGAGGUCAGGUGCCAGCGAGACACGAGGGAACACGGGUCGCGGAUUUCCUGUGCGAUGGACCCGGGGCUUGCCAUAUUAGUAAGGGCUUUACACUGCGGUGGUGCUUGUGACGGUAGUGGCUCGUUGAGGAGAGGGAGUGGUGGCAGUGCUGGCUUAGACUGUUAGUCUGGUGAGAAAGGGAAAUAUGAGCCCGUGGGUCUCGCCUUCCGCCGUCCAAAUGGCUACCAUCAGGGCCGUCUACUUCAAGUUCCUUCUCGUCUGUUUCUUCCUGGUUGGGUUGUAUUUACUCGUUUUCGAACGACCUGCAACAAUAUCGCAUCUAAUGCCAUUCACAGAGAUGUUGUCCUCUGCUCGCUGGAAGCUCAUCAAUGAUAGUGAAAGUGGUUCCAAUGUGAAUGUCCUUAAUAAUUACUAUAGAUACGUUAUUCAGUACAAAAUGCCUCGUGAGAAUCAAACCACGACCGAUAUUAGCGGUGACGCCUUGACGAAAGAUCUUACUUUUAACAAUGAAGCUUCGUCUCAGGAAUCCGAUCAGGCAUUAAACGACUACGGGAUCGAAGCCAUGUCUCUCUUUACUAAAUACACUACCAGACAGGACCCGGAGGCGGAGAACCGAGAGGCAGAGGGCCCUGAAAAAGGGAACCGAGGGGCAGAGGGUCCUGAAAAAGGGAACCGAGGGGCAGAGGGCCCUGAAAAAGGGAACCGAGGGGCAGAGGGAAAAAGGAAAGACCAAGAAGAAGAAGGCGAUUUGAGAAAGGACCAAGAGGAAGAGGACCAAGAAGAAAAGGACCGAGAGGAAGAGGACCAAGAAGUAGAGGGUCCCGAAGAGAGGGAUCAAAUGACAGAGGAUGAAGAGGAAUGGGACCAAGAGAAAGAGGAUCAAGAGGAAGAGGAUCCAGCGGCUAAAGAUCUGAAUCAAUUCGCAAGUCCACAGCCCAGGCAAGAAAUAACAAAUAGCAAAAGCGCAGGCGCGUCUGACACCACCAUCCGCAACUUCCAAGAGACGAUGAGAGAGAGAUUCAAGCACAGACGAGCGGUGCUGCUGGCUACAUGUGCGAAGGCCAGAGGUUCUUUGCCUGUCCAAUCACGCAGGGCACGCGUGGAAGCUUUGUUCUUCGUAAAGAAGUACAAAUUUCUUACGUGUUUAUCACCCAAGGUGGGAACAACCACAUGGAAGACACAUCUGCUAAGAAUGUCGGGUAUUAAACGUAAUUUCACGACUCCUCAUAAGUUCAAUAGAUAUAUCGGCAUCGGAUACAACAAAAGCCUACAGAAGAAGUACAAAUCCUCGACCGGGAUAACGCGCGUGGUCACCGUCCGCCACCCGCUGUCCCGCCUCACCUCCGCCUUCAAGAACAAGCUGGGCGAUGGCGUGCCGACUGUCCCCUCGAGCCACCACAUAUACGAUAUCUACAAGAUGGUACUUGGCCACGCCAAAAUCAAGGCGUUCAGAUGGAAGCCGAACAAAGCCACCUUUCUGCAGUUUCUAGAAUUUGUCAUUGCAGAAGCGAAGUCCAACUCGAUCAACCCCAAUGGCGGCGUAUCUUGACGUGCAAGCCCUCGGAUACCCUACGACUACAUCGUCAAACUGGAGACCUUUGGCGACGACCUGCUGUACCUGGCCUCCGCUGCGGGCAUCAAGGAGAUCAAAACGGACCUGCAGGAGAACCAGUCGCCCGCCCUCGAGCAGAAGGUGACGGACUUCGAGGAGUACUUCAAGGACCUCCCCCCGCAGGUGUUGAAGGACAUCUACCAAAUCUACAAGUACGACUUCCUCUUCUUCGGCUACGACGUCCCAGAGGUCAUGUUGAAGGCCAGCCAGGAGGACGCGUAGAGACGGCGGUUCUUCUCCUGCAUGUCUUCUCUUCUCCUUCGACGUCGGGUUCUGCUGCAGGAUGUUUAUUAUGCGAGAGAAAAGCAUCCUUAUCAUUAUAUAAUAAUAUGGCAUUAUAUAAUAAUAAUAACAAUUUCCAUUAA